AGAUGGCUCCAACAUACGAAUCUCCAGAAACAGUUGAUAAAGUUGUGCCAAUAGAAUCUAUUUUAAAGGAACAAAUUGAUCCAAUUAUUGAUCAAUGUUUAUUGAUUCCUGACAGCCAGAAUAAUCAAAUUUUUGUUUUGUCUACCACCAAUGGUAAAGAAUUGAUUUCUCAAAAUCGACGAAUAGUACGUAGUUGGAUGCCAGAUGCACCUUUGUAUGCUGAAGAACCCAAGUGGAUUGUGAUUGAAAACAUGGAUAAAUUUUCGAAGAACCAAAAGAAGCAUGGAAUUUCAACAAUUGAAGAGCCAUUCUAUAUUGCAAGAGGUAAACGUCUGUUGAAGAAUCGAUCUCCAGUUCAUUAUCCAAUGUUAGAAAAUGUAUUAAUUGAAGAUGAUCUGAGUUUGCUCAAAGGUCCAAAUAAGAAAACAAAUUCUUUAAUAAAACUCAAUUAUCUAGAACCUGGAGAAAAAAAUGCCAAUAUUUUAAGUCUUCUUCAUGAGCCUUUUUUUAUUUCGAGAGGAAAAAAGAAUAUGAGUGAACAUCUGAAAAAUACGAAACAUAAAUUCAGUGAUUAUGAUGACAGUUCAUUACGAGACCGUCGUGGAGAAGAUUUUCUUGAACAAUUGUUUAAAGAAAAUGACCCAUUUUAUAUAACAAGAGGGAAGAAAAGUGAACCCUAGAAAAAUAAUAUUUGAUUAUUUUCUAUUUAAAAAUAUUAGUUCAAACAUUG